AUGAACCACUGUGUCCUGCCCUGCAGCUUGUUUUUAUUUUCCUUUUUACAGGAUUCGUGGUCCUGGCCCCAGGGUCCCAAGAUGGAAAGUACUAUCGCUUUUCUUAGUGCCCUCAUGAGGAGGAAAUGACUUCCCCUGAGAACUUGGGGGAAAACUGGAGAUCACCCCUAAAUUCGGGUCCUUGAUUGGAAAAUCAAGCCCUGAGACCCCUAGCUGCCACACUUCUUCCAAUGGGGUGGACAGUGAAAGGGUUCAGGGAAGGGAGGGACAGUACUAUUUAGGAAAAAAGAAUCAGCUUCAGAUUUGGAGAGAUCAGAGCUAGAAUCCCAGUUUUGCCACCAAUUAGUUUAAGGAAUGUAAUCUCUGCAUGGUGCCCAACCCUCCCUGCUGGGGUGGUGAAGGUUAAGUAAGGUGAUGGAGGGGGUGCAGGGAGUAGCAUGCUUCCUCCUUGCUUUGUCUUCCUGGUUGGCUGGACACCAGGUCUUUCUUUGUGGAUCCUGGAGAGGCUGAAGACUUGGUCUCUGACCUUCUGCUUUCCCAGGACAAACCGUGAUUUCAGGUUCCAGGAGAACCAGGUCACAGUGCUAGUGAUUGUGCUGGAGUCUCCAGUCAUUCCUUUACCAGAUCACCAGGCCUUCCUCUGUAAAUCCUGCCAUUCUGUCUCCUCUGGACUAAGGGGGAAGGCCUAAUUUUCUGCACCCAUCCUCACUCCCUGACCAGUUAUCUCUGGAAUCUGCUCUCUUAAGCAGCUAUACUGCUAAGAUCCUCCCUUUGAUCAUGUGGCCCUGGAUCACCCCUCAGCCUUACCCAUAGAGGCCUCGGGGAAGGGGAGGGCAGGAGCAGGGUAGGAUGGGCCUCAGGAGUCCCUCCUACCUAGGACCUCAGAUAGACCAGGAAGAAGUUCAGUGGAUGUUAACAAAUAGUUCCUCAGCUGGAUGGACAUUUUUAAAAAUCUGGAAGAAUAAAUACCAAAGUAUAACAACAGUUUCUAGGUAGCUGGAAUUAUGAGUGUUUUAAUUUUCUCCUUUGGGUUUACGUCUAUUCCUAGUAUUUCAGUAACAACUUUGAAUUGCUUUUAAAGUAAGAUAUAACAUUUAUUUUAAAUUGUAAAAGAGAAAAUAAGAUUGAUGGACUGCUCAUGCAUUCCUUCAUUUAGCUUAUUAGGACAGUUGUGCAAUAGGGAGAGGGUAGGUGGUAGAGGAGAGAACACAGGCCUCAAACUCAGAGUGGCUUCCUGAGGUCUUGUCUCUGCUCCUGGCCAGUUGGGUGACCUGGCUUGAGACUUCUCAACAAACCUCAGUUUCUUCAUUGCUAAAUGGGGACAGUGGCACCUAUGUCCCACAGUGGCAAUGCAGUACAUAAUGUGGUGGGUAAGAACACAGGUUCUGGGUCACACAGACCUGGGUUCAAAUCCUACCUCUUGCCACAUACUAACUUUUUUACUUUAAACAAAUUACUUAAGUUUCAGUUUUCUCCUCCAUCAGAGAUGAUGAUAACACUAUCUCACUUGGUCUUGUUAAGGGCAUGAUUAAGACAAUCAAAAUAAAGUUCUUGGCCCAGGACCUGGCACACAGGAAGCUCUCUCUAAGCAUUAGCCAUAUGGAAAGUGCCUAACACACAGUUGUAAGUUUUUAAUGAAUAUGAUUCCCUUCCCUUCUUUCCCUUGUUCUUUCUCAAAGCAAGUACCAGUAGGGAGGGUACAGGUGGAAAGGGAGGUGGAGAAACAAGAGGGAAAAAAGACCAAAGAAUGAAGAAACCAAAGGACAAGGGCUCUAUCCUGAAUGAUCUUUAGCCUCCUCUGGAAUCUGGUCACUGUCGCAGUCUCCUCACCUUCCCCACACACACAUAUGACCCCAGUGCUUCUGGGAGCCAAUGAACCGGACAGACUAGUCUCUGUGGCCAGGCCCUCAUGAAGCCCCUAUGUCCCCUGCUGGCAUCAUCUCAACAGUAUCCUCCUUCUUCCCAGCAUCACCUCAGUCAACAGUGUGAGUGAGUGGAUGAGUGGCGGGCAUGAGGGGCAGAUAUUUCCACCUCACUGGAAGAAGCAUGGCAGCUGGGGGUCCCAGGGCUUGACUGGUAUAGGGCUGAGGACCUGAAUGUAGGGGUGAUCUCCAGUCCACCCUAGCAAGGACUUCUUACGGGGCUGAUUCUCUCAUUCCUUCUUUCUCUCCAGAUCCAGGCAGGGGAGAGGGAGGACUGUGGAUUACAACAGUCUGGGCCGUGAGUGGCAGAACCAAGGGUCCUCUUCCUAGAAAAGCCUGAUCCUACCAUAUUGUCACCACCAGGGGAAGAGCAAUUGGUUUUUAGAAGGGUUCUGCCCUCUUCAGCUAUAAGGAAGCCUAGGAAAUCCUGAGCCACAUCUAACUUCUUGCCUCCUCUGUCCGUAACUGGGAUGGGUAUUUAGCUGGUGGUCUCCAUGUUGAGAGCUGGGGUUUUCCCAACAUUACCCCAGUUGACAAUGGGAGUGAGUGGAUGAAUGGUAUGCUUGAGGGGACACACACAUGUUUUUUUCACCUGUGUGAGAUAGGAGGGAGUGGGGCCCUAAAGCUCAGAGAAACUUGUGUCUGGACAGGAAGGCUCAGGGGGCACUUGAGUCCUUUCCUUCCUAAAUCCUUUCUGUUAGCCUUGGCUUGGUAUGACCCUCUGGCUGAAACUCAGAGCUCCUAGAGCGAUGGAGUCCACCUUGAGAACUGCAAGGGAAAUGUGUUUAGAGGGACGCACUGACUGUGGCUUGAGACGACUCUGGGUGGGGUAAGGAGACCUCAUGUGCACUCCCUCCUGAUUGGAGGCCACUCACCUACGCUCCUCUGAAAAAGGCAGCAGAUGAGCAUCUACAAGGCCCCAUCCUCCUCCAGUGUUCCUGGAUGACCCCUCAUUAUCAUUUAAAGAUUCCUCUGGACCUCCAGCCCCGCCUCAGAGUAAGACAUCUCUUUCUUGACCCCUUCUCAGAACACUCAUUAGAACCUUUAUUUAUUUAUUUAUUUUUUAAAAAUGUGAUAUCUCCCUUUCUCCAAGGUCACAAGAUUUCCCUUAGCCCAGUGGUUGUGCGACUUUGGGGGGGGGAGGCAAUGGGGCUCUAGGACUAAAAAAUUUGCGUCUGCUCAACACCCAGAUCAGUUGAUUAGUCUUAGGCGGCCAAAAUUCACUCUUGCUUUCUUCAGCUGAGAGACCCAAGACUCAUGGCAGAGGGAACGAGACCACCAGGUGCCUAGUCCUUCUAAUCCUGUCGCCCCACACCACAGCCUGAUUAUCAGGCCCCAGAGAUUUCCUUGCCAGUUAGAGGUUCACUAGAGCCGUUCUAAAAAGGUUUUACAAAAGAAGCAAAACCUGAAGGGAGGUGAAGGACAACCUAGGAAGAGGAAGCAAGUUCUGUGUCACGGAGGCCCAAGGGCCAGGGGCUUAGGCUGUGGGUUGAGGGGACUGUCUGAGACUGACUUGGAUCUGCACCAGCUCCAGAGCCCUGCGCAGACACAUCGGUCCCCUCCGGCGUCUAGGUAAAGCCCACCCUCUCAGACCGCAAAGAGCCCGGAUCCGACAGCAACCUCUCCGGACCAAUCACAACCUUCCUUCACCAAGGAGGCGGGGUCAGGGGGCUGACUUUUCCUUGUCCCCGCCCCUUUAGUCGAAGUAACCAAUUCCAAUGUGCCUAGAGGAAGUAAACGCAAUGGGAGUAACCAAUGACAACAUGAAGCUUCUUGUGCGUGCUUGACCCUGCCCCUCCAGCUGCGGCAAAGAUGGCGCGCGGGCUCCUGGGUUCUGUAGUUUUCUCGGGAUCCAAAAGGCUCCGUGCCCAAGCUAGUCCUUACCGCCCCGCUACCCAGCGGCUUCCCCUCCGCUAGUACGCAUGUCCACAGCCUCACGGCCCGGGAGAGAGGGGGCGCGGAAGGAAGGAGGCGGGACGGUAUUACAAACAAAAAAAUACAGCCUUCUCGAGAAGCGACUGCGGAGAGCCCGCUCCUCCCAGAAGGCGGUGCAGCCGGCCCGGGCGAGCCACGCGGAGGGUUGUGGGGCGGAUAGCUCCCCUCCAGAUGGAGGCUCAUGAAGUAGGGUGGGCGGGGAACUCCAUAUCCCAGCGUGCCCCUCGGCGGGCCCUACCGGCCGCGACUCCGGGCUUGGCCCCGGCCCUAGCUCGUCGGCGGUGUAUUGGGGCGCGUGGAGGCUGCAGUCACGGUGGCGCCCGCGGGGACGGAGGAGGGAAUGAGUGAAGAGGAGCAAGGCUCCGGCAUUACCACGGGCUGCGGGCUGCCUAGUAUAGAGCAAAUGCUGGCCGCCAACCCAGGCAAGACCCCGAUCAGCCUUCUGCAGGAGUAUGGGACCAGAAUAGGGAAGACGCCUGUGUACGACCUUCUCAAAGCCGAGGGCCAAGCCCACCAGCCUAAUUUCACCUUCCGGGUCACCGUUGGCGACACCAGCUGCACUGGUCAGGGCCCCAGCAAGAAGGCAGCCAAGCACAAGGCAGCUGAGGUGGCCCUCAAACACCUCAAAGGGGGGAGCAUGCUGGAGCCGGCCCUGGAGGACAGCAGUUCUUUUUCUCCCCUAGACUCUUCACUGCCUGAGGACAUUCCGAUUUUUACUGCUGCAGCAGCUGCUACCCCAGUUCCAUCUGUUGUCCUAACCAGGAGCCCCCCCAUGGAACUGCAGCCCCCUGUCUCCCCUCAGCAGUCUGAGUGCAAUCCCGUUGGUGCUCUGCAGGAGCUGGUGGUGCAGAAAGGCUGGCGGUUGCCAGAGUACACAGUGACCCAGGAGUCCGGACCAGCCCACCGCAAAGAAUUCACCAUGACCUGCCGAGUGGAGCGUUUCAUUGAGAUUGGGAGUGGCACUUCCAAAAAAUUGGCAAAGCGGAAUGCGGCGGCCAAAAUGCUGCUUCGAGUGCACACGGUGCCUCUGGAUGCCCGGGAUGGCAAUGAGGUGGAGCCUGAUGAUGACCACUUCUCCAUUGGUGUGGGCUCCCGCCUGGAUGGUCUUCGAAACCGGGGCCCAGGUUGCACCUGGGAUUCUCUACGAAAUUCAGUGGGAGAGAAGAUCCUGUCCCUCCGCAGUUGCUCCCUGGGCUCCCUGGGUGCCCUGGGCCCUGCCUGCUGCCGUGUCCUCAGUGAGCUCUCUGAGGAGCAGGCCUUCCAUGUCAGCUACCUGGAUAUUGAGGAACUGAGCCUGAGUGGACUCUGCCAGUGCCUGGUGGAACUGUCCACCCAGCCGGCCACUGUGUGUCAUGGCUCUGCAACCACCAGGGAGGCAGCCCGUGGUGAGGCUGCCCGCCGUGCCCUGCAGUACCUCAAGAUCAUGGCAGGCAGCAAGUGAAGCCCCAGCUGGACUCAUGGAUGUGCACCCUUUGCUCCCUGCUCUUUCUGCCUCUGGGCUCAUGUAUCUGCGCAGCUCUGGUACCCUCUGUAGGUACCAACUCUACCUCUGACACAGACUGCCUGCCUUGAGGCUGAGAAGGCACAGGGCAAGGAGCCAAGGACCACAGGGCCUCAGCCAGCCCAGGAUUCGUCCUCAUUUUAUUGGUGAUGAUGAAUGGGAAUGAAAUCGGGGCUGUCUACUAGAGCCUGGAAUAAAUAUGCUGCUUUGUAGAUUUUUAA